AUUUCAAUCGGCGUGCUCAUUUGAACAAGAAGAGCCACUGCGAGGCGAGCGAACGAGCGGCCCACUACGCCACAUACAACUUUUAAGUUACGACUGUACGUGAUUUGUGUUCUUGAGUCGUUUGCCAAUUCGCGCUGACAAAUUAUUGCCGACAAGACUGCUCGCUUGGGAUGGAGUGGCAGCCAGAUGAGCAGGGACUGCAGCAAGUCCUUCAACUGCUCAAAGACUCUCAGUCACCCAACACAGUCACACAGAGAGCAGUACAACAAAAACUUGAACAACUCAACCAGUUUCCGGACUUCAACAACUUUCUCAUCUUCGUACUCACACGGCUAAAAUCUGAAGAUGAACCGACCCGUUCACUCAGUGGCCUGAUACUGAAGAACAAUGUGAAGGCCCACUACCAGAACUUUCCUUCUCAAGUUGCCGACUUCAUAAAGCAGGAAUGUCUCAAUAACAUCGGAGAUCCCUCACCACUCAUUCGAGCCACAAUCGGCAUCCUGAUAACAACUAUUGCGUCAAAGGGAGAGCUACAAACGUGGCCAGAGCUCUUGCCUCAGCUCUGCAAUCUGCUCAACUCUGAGGACUACAACACGUGUGAGGGCUCGUUUGGAGCACUGCAGAAAAUCUGUGAGGAUUCGUCAGAGCUGCUGGACAGUGAUGCGUUGAACAGACCACUCAAUAUUAUGAUCCCCAAAUUCCUCCAAUUCUUCAAGCACUGCAGCCCCAAAAUUAGGUCCCAUGCCAUUGCAUGUGUGAAUCAGUUCAUCAUUGGACGAGCACAGGCUCUCAUGGACAACAUUGACACUUUCAUAGAGAGCCUGUUUGCGCUGGCAGCUGAUGAGGACUCUGAGGUCCGUAAAAAUGUGUGCCGAGCCUUAGUCAUGUUACUGGAAGUCCGUGUAGACCGUCUCAUCCCCCACAUGCACAGCAUUAUUCAGUACAUGCUUCAAAGAACUCAAGAUCCAGAUGAGAAUGUAGCUUUGGAGGCCUGCGAAUUCUGGCUUACUUUAGCAGAACAGCCGAUCUGCAAGGAGAUGUUGUCUGGACACUUGGCUCAACUGAUCCCCAUCUUGGUGAAUGGAAUGAGGUAUUCAGAGAUUGACAUCAUUCUGUUAAAGGGUGAUGUGGAGGAAGACGAAGCCGUUCCAGACAGCGAUCAGGACAUCAAGCCUCGUUUCCAUAAAUCCCGAACUGUGACCCUGCAACACGAAGGUCUCGAGGGAGAGGAAGGGGAGGACACAGAAGAUGAUGAGGACGACGACGAUGACGACACCUUAUCAGAUUGGAACCUCAGAAAGUGUUCCGCAGCAGCGUUGGAUGUGCUUGCAAACGUGUUCCGGGAUGAGCUUCUGCCUCACCUCCUGCCACUUUUGAAAGGUCUCCUCUUUCAUCCCGACUGGGUUAUUAAGGAGUCUGGAAUUCUGGUUUUGGGUGCAAUCGCAGAAGGUUGCAUGCAGGGUAUGGUUCCGUACCUGCCGGAGCUCAUCCCCCACCUCAUCCAGUGUUUGUGUGACAAGAAGGCUCUGGUACGCUCGAUUGCUUGUUGGACACUUAGUCGUUAUGCACAUUGGGUGGUGUCCCAGCCCCCGGAUUCCUACCUCAAACCUCUCAUGACUGAGCUUCUGAAGCGCAUUCUGGAUGGGAACAAGAGGGUACAAGAGGCUGCCUGCAGUGCAUUUGCCACCUUGGAAGAGGAGGCCUGUACUGAGCUGGUGCCAUAUCUCAGCUUCAUUUUGGACACUUUGGUUUUUGCUUUUGGAAAGUAUCAGCACAAGAAUCUCCUUAUCCUUUAUGAUGCCAUAGGAACUCUGGCCGACUCUGUGGGUCACCAUCUAAAUCAGCCUGAAUACAUUCAGAAGUUAAUGCCCCCACUCAUAGCCAAGUGGAAUGAGCUCAAAGACGAAGACAAGGAUCUGUUUCCUUUACUGGAGUGUCUGUCAUCUGUAGCCACCGCCUUGCAGAGUGGAUUCCUGCCUUAUUGUGAGCCUGUUUACCAACGCUGUGUCACCCUAGUACAGAAAACAUUAGCACAAGCCAUGAUGUACAACCAGCAUCCGGAUCAGUAUGAAGCUCCAGACAAAGACUUUAUGAUCGUAGCCCUGGAUCUACUCAGUGGUCUGGCUGAAGGUUUAGGUGGCCAUGUGGACCAGCUUGUAGCACGCUCCAACAUCAUGACCCUGCUGUUCCAGUGCAUGCAGGAUACAAUGCCUGAAGUGAGGCAAAGCUCCUUUGCUCUGUUGGGCGAUUUGACUAAGGCCUGUUUUCUGCAUGUGAAGCCUUGCAUCGCCGAGUUCAUGCCCAUCCUGGGACUCAACUUAAACCCAGAAUUCAUCUCUGUGUGCAACAAUGCCACCUGGGCCAUUGGAGAGAUUUCAAUGCAAAUGGGUGCUGAAAUGCAGCCCUACGUCGGCUUGGUUUUGCCUAACCUGGUUGAGAUCAUAAACAGACCCAAUACACCCAAGACCCUUUUGGAAAACACAGCCAUUACAAUCGGCAGGCUGGGUUAUGUCUGUCCUCAGGAAGUGGCACCGCAGCUUCAGCAUUUUAUCAGACCAUGGUGCACUUCUCUGAGGAAUAUUCGAGACAAUGAGGAGAAGGACUCAGCUUUUCGCGGAAUCUGCGUCAUGAUCGGUGUCAACCCUGCAGGAGUCGUUCAGGAUUUUAUUUUCUUCUGUGAUGCUGUGGCGUCAUGGGUGAGCCCCAAAGAUGACCUCAGGGACAUGUUUUAUAAGAUCCUUCACGGCUUCAAGGACCAGGUUGGCGAAGAAAACUGGCAGCAGUUCUCCGAGCAAUUCCCUCCUUUGUUGAAGGAGCGGCUGUCGGCGUGCUACGGUGUCUAACAAGUGGACAGGACACCUGUAGGUUAACGUAGGGAUGGGUUACUGGGGAACUCAACGCACCGCCCAGAUCAAGGGGAGAUGGAGGGAUGUGACGCGCCACGAACCUCCACUCAGCAAAGGGCCUGCUUCCCUGUGCCCUGUGUGUCUCUGUAAGGGAGGGUGGGAGGUGGGUGGUGAGGGAGGGUAAACUAGGGAUAUAUGUAUACCUCUCGGAUUUAACGCCUCACUAAAUCCAACACACUCUGAAGUGACUUUCACCAACAGCACCGCAGGGAUCCUUGGUGAGGUGAAGCCAGCUCGCCGGCUGGUUCCAACCUCGCCAACCCUUUAGACAUUCUGUCAACAACGGCAGACAUAAAGUAGCAAGGGCGUGGCAGAGAGGGUACAUUUUAAGGCUCAAUAUCAACCAGCGUGAUGUGCCAGCGUUCCAGUGUCACAACUCACAGUUAAUAGGUAAAGCUUACGUGAUUGGUCAAUGGCUAGUCACAGCAAGGCUUGCCGGUUAAACACAUGCUUUUACGAUGUAACACAGACGUGCACUGAUUUUUGGCACCUUUUACCGCUAAAUUCAUCUCGUGUGCACAUAUUUUUGUUUUUCACCUGUACAUUAGAUUGAGUUUAAUUUCCCUCUAGUUGUAUGAAAUGAGUUUGGUUCUCCUCAAGGUCAGGCUCACAGGUUUAUCACACCACCGUACAAUUAUUGCAUGACGUAAGAUCACAAUGAAGUGCUGCAUGUUGGAGUGAAUAACUGUUGCUGACGUCACCGUCACUCGCGGCGGGGGGCUGGCGAUGGCCGCCAGGAGCUUUGCUCGGUUCCCUUUCCAUUCUGUGUAAUCGUUGUACCCAAGCGCUGACACGGUGGAGGUUGUGCUGAGAGAACCUCGGUUUGACCAAGCUGUCAUGGCAUCAAUCCCAAUACUGUAGGCUGCGUCACUGACAAUGCUUCUGCUGCUACUUAAAUUUCCUCUACAGGUCAAUGAGAGCGCUAAAGCAUCAUAGAAAGAAUACUGAUAUUAUUGCACUUUUGUCUGAAAUGUAGAACUUCAACUGUAAGAUGCAGUGGCGACACACUGUUAAUGGAUUUUUUUUUUUUAUAUACGUUUUAGGACUGUCGAUUGCUUGCUAAAGUAAGCAUAUUAAUGGUAAAAUAUCAAAUGACUCCUAACAUGGGUAAAACAAUGUAGCUCUUUGCAUCGUACACCAGUAUUUUUGAACUCCUUUUGUUUGUGUUCCCGGGCCAUUGUGGUGUUUUUGUUCACUGCUGUUUUGAUCGCUGUCACGGUAUCCAGAACAAUGCAUGCUGUUCAGUGCGCUCGCCCCGACUUUCGGGUCCUCUAUGGCAAUACACCAGGCUGGACGAAGACUGUUCCAUCCCAGCUCAAUCUAGCGACUCCCUUUUGGUUAGCUCCCCCCCAAUCGAGUUUUGUCCACAGUGGACGUUUGUACUGAAAUCUUUUGCGGCUGUAAGCCUUGUGGUAUUUUUAAAACCACAAGUACUGUGUAGGAAGCUUUCACACCAGCCUUCACAUGCUGUUGCAAUGAGGGUCCUACCUGUGUUCUUGGGGUCAGCAGAUGUGGGGGUCACAAUUGAGGUGCUCAGGGGUGUAGUAAUGAAUUAGAUGGCUGCUUUUCUGGUUUGUCUGUAGAGUUUUCCAACAAGAAUUGAGAGAACAGACCUUGAUAUUCAAAGAGUCUGACUGCAAUGGAAUCAAGUUUCAAGCAGAUGUUGGUGCUGCUGGAGAACACAGGGAGGACACCAAGUAAGAAACGCAUCCUGAUGGUGUCCCCUCAAAAGCCCUCAGUUUUGGGCCACGACCAGUCAGCUGUGAUGUGGCUCAGCCAGUUAGAUGAUUUUAAAUUUUUAUUUUUACAUUUGAUUUAUUUUAAUAAUUUUCUUUUCUAUUUUUUGUGCUCUGUGCGCAAAGUUAUUUUUGGACUUUAAAAGUUUUUUUUUCCUUUUGUUUUAUUUGUAUUCUUUUAAUUUAAAGAAUUUCUUUUCGUUGUUUUAUAGCGGACCGUUGGAGCAUGUUAAUGUUGUGCUUGGAGCGAAGGAGUACCUCAAGUAGGAAUUGAAAUUCAUAACUUUGCUUCAAUCAAAUCCAAUAUCUUUGUAGUACCAAUUUUCUCAACUGUGGCGCUGGAGGAACGUUAUCUGAUGUAUUUCUUAUUUAAUUUUGUGAAUAGGGGAAAAUAAAACUUUUUUUUCUAUUACA